UCCGCAGAGAAUGUACGUGCGCACGCGCAACUAUUAUCCAUUUUUAUUAUUCGGUCGAUCUCACUGACGAGAAGUUUAUAUUUCAGUGAUUAAAUAAAUAAAAGUUUAAAUAAAUUAAAAGAAUAUAAUUUAUUUCGGAUCGUUUUAACUUUUAGUGUUUAAGUCGAGUUUGUGUGUUAAUCGACGAAAUUUAAGAGAAAGUAACUUAAAUUAUACUUACUCGACUGAACUGUGCGAAUAAUUAAUAAUGAAUGGUGGUACACGAGUGACAGAAUCGUUCGACAGACUCUAAGAUGAGUGAUUAAAAUAUACAAUAAACAAGCACAGUUGCAAUAUGCUUCAGCUGCCGCAGCAAUGGUUCGCGCGCAUCCAACAUGGCGGCAUCGCCAAUCAAUUCUUCAUGGCCCUCAUGGUAACCAUCCCGGUGCUGAACUUCGGAAUGUUAAUGGGCUGGCAGUCUCCAAUGACGCCCAUCCUGCAAUCAGAAGACGGACCAGCUCCAGAACCAAUCACAGACGAAACGAUCUCUUGGAUGGCCUCAGUGACCUUCUUCCCACCAAUAUUCUGCGGUUUCCUAGUAGGUGACCUAGCUGAUAGGUGGGGCAGGAAGACCACCACAAUGUUGACUUCCUUAAUGCUUGUGAUCAGCUGGUCAAUCACCCUGUUCUCCCUUCGGCCCUGGGCUCUGAUCGCAUCGCGAGCAGUCGCAGGCCUAGCAUGUGCAGGCUGUUACGUCGUCACGCCAUUAUAUUUAAAAGAGGUGGCAUCAGACAACAUACGCGGAGCGUUGGGCUCGCUCUUCAUCCUGUCACAGAACCUCGGCUACCUCGUGGUCUACAUCGCUGGUGAUUUCUUCUCAUUCGCCGCCGUCAUGUGGCUGUGCACGGCCAUACCCGUGUUACACUUGUUCGUGUUCCUUGCUAUGCCUGAAACACCAGUAUUCCUAGUCAAGCAGGGCAAAUUAAAGGAGGCCAGAGCGGCGUUGGCGUGGCUACGACACACCACUGUAGAUGACAAGAACCUCGAAGAAGAGAUCCAGGUAAUGGAAAGAGAGGAAGAAUACGCAAGAACCAUGAAGAAAGCUUCCUGGAAGAGCAUCGUUCAAGACAAAACCACAUUUAAAGCGUUCAGGAUAUCAGUAAAUGUCAUGUUAUCGCAAGAGACAUGCGGCUACCUCGUGGUGCUCAUGUACGCUGGGUCCAUCUUCGAACAGGCUUCCGAAUCCAUCAGCCUCAAGCUCAGUCCGAACAAGCAGACGAUUGUCGUUGGAGUCAUACAACUACUGGGUUCCAUCGUUGCCAGUUGUAUUGUUGAAAAGACUGGCAGAAAGUGGUUGCUCGCUGUGACGUCAUUCGCGACGGGUCUUUCAAUGCUGGCGCUCGGCGGUUGGUUUUACAUCACAUCUAAGUCAAUAUGGCUACCUGCCUGGUUGCCAGUGGUCGCCAUGUGUCUCUGCAUAUUCUCCGACGCGGCUGGCUACCAGCCCGUGCCAUACGUCAUAACGUCUGAGUUGUUUUCAUUUCAACAUCGUGGUAUGGUGACGUCAUUCGUCAGCAGCGUCGACGCCCUCAGUGACUUCCUCCAAACGAAAGCCUACGACCCCCUCUUAAAACUAUUAGGAAUACAUUGGGUCUUCAUACUUUUCUCAUUGGUUUGUUUCAUAGGCACGUUAUAUACCGUAUUAUAUGUACCAGAGACGAAAGACAGAACCGUAGAGGAAAUCUAUGCCAUUCUAGAUGGCAGACAGAAGGAGAAAAGGAAAGAUGUGGAAACCGGAAACGAAAUGAGUAGACUGUAAACCAUUAUUUUUAUACGCUCGGAAUUCCCUAUUUAUUUAUAUAUAAAAAUUAUUAUUGACUAAAAACGGACAAUGUGAAGACAUAAAAUGUUAAUUAAAAAAAUUAAAUCAGUAAUUGUAACAGCACGAUUGUAAUUUUUAAUUGGUAAGCAAGGGACACGUGUUAUGAAGUUAAGCAUUCGAGAGCCGAUUGGCAGAGAGCGUAAUUCGAAUUUAGAACUGCAGUGGCGAUUGGCGUUAAGCUGCUGUUGUUGUGCUGUACGACAAAAUAGCGCCAGUUCCAAACAGUCAAUAACAAAAAUCAUAUCUUAAAGUCGGCUUUUCUAAUCCUAAUAUACAAUACUUUGCAUUCCAAAAUAAAAUUUAACAUAAAAUAUGUUAUUAAAACAAAGUAUAGAUAUCAUUUUAUAUGUUAUGAACUUUCUAACAAUGUUUUAAUUCAAAUAUAAAUUAAUCUAUCGUGGACGAUUCUUUUUGGAUCUGAAAUUGUAAUAUAUAUCUGUAUGUAGAUAUUACAAUUUCAUUUUUUUUUAUGUAUAUUUCUCGCUAACUUUCUUUGGUGACUUCGCACUUGCAUAAUUAUAAAAGCCAAGGAACAAUAUUUAUAUUCGUUUGCCUUGUGAUAGUGUGAAAGAGACGGAAAUAGAGUACUCUUUACCUAUUUCCGUCUCAUUUUAUUACAUCUGUGCCAAUACUUCAACAAAAAAAAAAAAAUUCUGUUUUAAUUUAAUUUGUACAAAAACAAUAAAACAUAAAUGAACUAUAUUACUUUAUUUUUAUUUCAUAAAGAGUUCAAAAUUAACUAACUGAUUAUUGUCUUUAGGUUUCUUAACAAAUAAAAAAAGGUUUCCUUUCAAAUAAAACUUUUGAGUUCAUAAAAAUAAUUAUUGUUUAAGUAACUCGACAUGAAAGACAGAUAUAUUAAUAAUAUUAAUAAGAAAAUAACAACAGAACCAAACAAAUCAAGUCAGUUUCAAUUUCGCGUAUAUUGUUGUUUGGCCAAAGAAGCCAGAUCUUGAAACAAACCAUCCGCUCCGAGUUUUUUAACAAUUUUUAUUAUUAAUACUAAUAUUUACAUAAUUAUUUAUAUAUACCGUCAUUACCUAAACAUUUUUGUCUUUGACAUAUAUAUUUUUUAAAUUAUACAUAAAUAGCAAAGAAAACUAUUCUUUAUCUUUAAUUCAAGGCGUCAAAUUUUUGACAUAUUUUAUUUACCAAUUCCAGUGAUUAAAAAUGUAUUUAUCAUUAAUAUGCACUUCAAAAUUUUAUACCGACUAAUCUUCUAUGUGUCAAAUCUAUUAUACAUGCCAUUGGCAGAAUAUUUUGUACUCAACGAAGCGAAGGUACGCGCUAAAAAAAAAAAAUUUUGUACAGAUUAGAUUCAAAAAAUGUAUGCUUGUUUUGAUUGUGCAAUGAAAUGUUUAUGCUGUGAUAAAGUUGAAAUUACUUUAUUUGUAUACAAGAUUUUUUUUAUUUUUAUUGAGCUGUUGAUUCCAAUUUUGUGAUAUUAUUGACGAAUUAAUUAUGGUAUUAUUAGAAAUAAGUUUAGAUGCCA